GACAGCGGCAGCGCAUUGAUGGCACACUCCAGGGCUUGUUUCCCACCGAUCUUCGAUUUUCCGCAUUGGACCAGGAGCAAUGGCCACGAUCCUACCGAUCAUCAUCACAGAACAAACUUGUCGCUGCGUCUAAGCUCUGUAGCUCCAGGCGGUUGGGAGUGAAUGUGCCUGUGGCAAACCCACUCCUCAGUCGAUGCGCCGGUGUCAUCAUUCGAUGCUAGUCGAAUCCUUAGGCCCAUACCUCGACAAGGAUGCUGGUUGCUUCUGCCGCCUGCGAGGCAUUUGGGUCGCAUACUUAGCGUGCUGAUUCCCCCUGGGGUCAUGCUCGCCCCUGGUCAGUUGUCACUCCCCACGCGUCGAAGAUGGAUGUGUCCGAGAAUCGACAUGCAGCGAUCUUUGGCGUGGGCAUUGGGUUCAUCGUGUUUGACUCCAUCAUUAUCGCGCUACGCAUCUAUGCCCGCGCGUUUAUGCUGCGCGCUCUGGGGACGGAUGACAUUCUGAUGAUAAUCGGCGCAAUUCUCAAUUUCGGAUUAUCCAUCACAAUCAUGAUCGGAUCCCAGUACGGAAUUGGAAAACCCGCGCUUGCCAUUUCGGAAAGCGACACCGUGCCCAUGUUGAAGUGUAUUUGGGUCACCCGGUUUCUCUACACGCUUUCCAUGGGGCUGGUCAAAAUGUCCUUGUUGUGGUUCUAUCUCCGUCUCGAUCCCCGCAAAUACAUGCGCUGGGCCGUCUUCUUCGUCAUGUUCUUCAACAUUGGAUUAUCCCUUGCGAGCUUCAUCGGCGCGUUGGCGAGCUGCAGGCCUCCCUCUUUGUUCUGGACCAAUCCAACAUCGAGCCACUGUAUGCCCCUGGCACAACAGCAACGCUUUUAUGAGGUGAACGGCGUCUUGAAUAUCGUGACGGAUAUCUUGACAUAUCUGCUCCCGGUUCCCAUGCUCGUGGGGCUACAGUUGUCUUGGCGCAAGAAAGGGGCAAUUCUGGGGAUCUUUGGGCUGGGGACUUUGUCCAUUGCGGCGGCCUGCGUUCGGUAUGAUGUUGUCAUGAAGCUGUCGACGGCCAAAGACGAUUAUUACAUGAUUUUGGCGGACUCCCUCAACUGGUGCACGAUUGAGGCCUACGUCGCCAUUUUCUGCGGCUGCGCUCCCUCCCUCUCCGUCCUAAUCAAGGCGCGCCUUCCUGCUAUAUUAGGUUCCAGGACUACCAAACCUCAAGAUAGCGCGCCAACGCCUGGGGCCAGCUAUCUGCAGCGACGGAACCCUCUGAAAAGUAAUCGGCGUCGGGGACUGGGCGAUACGACGCUGGGCAGUCAGGAUGCCAUUGUUACGGUCAGCAAUCCUGACCUCAAUCAGGAGGGGAUUAUGAUGAAGACGGACAUACAGAUGAGAGUUACAACCCGAAAGUCGACAGAUGAUAUAAGUUAUUAAGGCCGUAUGAUGACGGCGAGGCCAAUAUGACUUUCUCUUACUAGAUAGAGCAGG